AAAUUUUUUAAUUUCUCACCUAACCAGCUAUAAAUAUAAUUUGAUCCAUAGAUCAUCAAAAUCACUUGAAUUAACCCCAACAAACUCUCUUGAUAAUAAUAAUCCUUGUCUUGCAUGGAAGGAGAAAAUUUUCCCUAUUUUUUCGUCCCGCCUUCUUUUCCAUUAUCGGACUCGUUAAAUAUUGAUUCGAAAGAUGCCAAUAAUUUGUUGGACCAAUCCAUGCAAAACCCUCAAUUGUUCCCUACUUCCAAUGAGAUUGAUUUGUCUAGUUUUUUGUCCGGUGAGUCGUGUCAAGAAAACUCGAUGAGUUUGCCAGUGCCGAGCAAUGUGAGGGAAGCUGAGGAUAAUGUUGUGAGAAAUAAGCCAAAAUUGGGUAGGAAAAAGAAGUACAUUCCUCCAAGAGUGGCAUUUCACACGAGGACUGCUGAAGAUAUACUUGAUGAUGGGUACAAAUGGAGAAAGUAUGGGCAGAAAUCUGUUAAGAAUAGCGUCCAUCCAAGGAGCUAUUACCGGUGCACGCAUCACACGUGCAAUGUGAAGAAGCAGAUACAAAGGCUGUCAAAGGAUACUGGUAUUGUUGUGACAACUUACGAAGGCAUUCAUAAUCAUCCCUCAGAAAAACUAAUGGAAACACUGAGCCCCCUUCUCAAGCAGCUUCAGUUCCUGUCCAGAUUCUGAAGAAAAUCGAGCUUAAUAUGAAGAUGAAGUUGUACAGAAACUGUACAAAAUUCUCCCAAACUGUACAAAAAUUGUAAGCGAUAGGCAGACACAAAUGCUGCCAAGGGAGAAUGUAACAUCUGUGUUGUGUGAUCAUGUCCCCUGCUCUUAUUCUCAAUAGGGUGUAGAAUUAGCAAAAAUUAAUGGUUUAAUCGAUCAUUGAAUUGUCAGGACGUAGUUAAAACUACAAAUCUGCCCUGCAGUUAGAAAAACAACUUUUCUUAUGAAGCUUACGAAUAUCCACUUGACGUAUGCAACUGCCAUUCGAACGCUC